GCAGCGGCGAUCACACUUUGGCGGGACGUCUCCUCCGGUGCGCACAUGUGCGCGCGUACCGACGCGGUUCACCUGCGUCAAGUCGGGAGCGCGCGUCACUCACCUGCCGGCGGGACUUGAAGGAGGGGAGGCGCGGCCGCGGCAUGACAGGCAGGCAGGGAGACGCGUCGCUGUGAUCGCCCCAACAUGGAGGAGAAGUUCCGCCGACUCAUCUUCGUCCCCAUCGCAGCGGUGCUGUGCUUCAUGAUCGGCUACCAGUACGUGUGUCCGGCGGGGAGCGACGCCUGCUACUUCGGCGGCCACCUGCCGGAGCGCGCCUGGCCGCGCCACGCCGAGGACGACCUCCUGGGCGCGCGCAGCAGGUUCCACUUCACGCCGCGGGACCUGGACAGGCGCGCGGGCUUCGACAUCCGCGGGGACGACGUGAUGGUGUUCCUGCACAUCCAGAAGACGGGCGGCACCACCUUCGGCCGCCACUUGGUCAGGAACAUCCAGCUGGAGCAGCCGUGCGAGUGCCUGCCCGGCCAGAGGAAGUGCACCUGUCACCGGCCAGGGAAGACCGAGUCGUGGCUCUUCUCCCGGUUCUCUACCGGCUGGAGUUGCGGCUUGCACGCCGACUGGACCGAACUCACCAGCUGCGUCCCGCUGGUGAUGAACAAGAAGACUUCACUCAAGAGGAAGAAGAAGUUCUACUACAUCACGAUGCUGCGUGACCCCGUCUCACGCUACCUGAGCGAAUGGAAGCACGUGCAGCGCGGCGCCACCUGGAAAAGCGCUCUCCACAUGUGCGACGGCCGCCCGCCCACCCGGGCCGAGCUCCCCGCCUGCUACAGCGGCGAGGACUGGACGGGCGUGUCGCUGGCCGACUUCAUGGACUGCCCGUCCAACCUGGCCAACAACCGGCAGGUGCGCAUGCUGGCCGACCUCAGCCUGGUGGGCUGCUACAACGUGUCGUCCGUGGACCAGCUGGAGCGGGGCCGCGUGCUGCUCGCCAGCGCCAAGGCCAACCUGCGCAACAUGGCCUUCUACGGCCUGACCGAGUUCCAGCGCAAGACGCAGCGCCUGUUCGAGCGCACCUUCGGCCUGCGCUUCAUCCGCGCCUUCACGCAGCUCAACGGCACGCGCGCCGCCAGCGUGGGGAUCGGCGAGAAGGUGCAGUGGCGCAUCGAGGGCCUCAACGCUCUGGACGUGGAACUCUACGACUACGCCAAGGAGCUCUUCCUGCGCCGCUACCAGUACGAGCGACAGAAGCAGCGCCGGGAGGAGCGGCUCCGGCGGCGGCAAGCCAGGCGGCGUCUGCACAGGAACUACCUGGUGGAACUGCUGAGGUUAGGGGGAGGGGAGGAGGAAGAGAUGACCACCACAGAGGACUACAGCAGCCAGGUGGUGAGAUGGUGAUGGUGGUGAUGAUGGUGAUGGUGAUGGUGAUGGUG